CUUGCAACUCUCCUGGCUUAAAGUUAGGUCCAUUCAAAUAGUAUUUCCGAUUUGAAUCCUUCGAUAUCGAACGUUUUACUUCAGAAGUCGAUUGUUCCCUUGAUUAGCUGUUUCAAAGCCUUGCCCAAAUGCCAAAUGGGAUUAUUUAUCAAGGGGAUCCUCUCUCUCACCCUCAAAAAAAGAAGAAGAAAAAAACACAGAAAUUGUAUAUCUUCAGGAGGUUCGAAGAUGGCAGGGAAUUUGGGGAAGGAGGAUCCCAGUUCGGUUCAGGAUGUUCAAGAUCCAAGUAUCACUGCUCAUGCAUACACGUUCAAACACGCAGGUUCUGGUCAUAAGCGGCCCCGAGGUUCUGUUCAGCCAUCAUCAUCUAGAGCUGGUAAGAAAACCAAACGGGAGAUCGACAGAGAUUACCGUGAGAGAAAGAAGGAAGAGGAUGAAAAAUUGAAGGCAGAGAUUGAAAAAUUGAAGGCAGAGAUUGAAAAAUUGAAGGCAAGCAAUUUCCACCUUGAAGGACAAACAUUUCAGUUGAGAAUGGAUCAGAAGGAUACUAAAGAAGAAAUGAAGAAAAUUAGUGAAGAAAAUUUCAACCUGAAGAUCGUGCAAAAGAGUCAAAGUGGUUCUAUACUUGAACUAGGGAAGAAGCUGAUUGCCUCAGGUGAAAAGAUUCAUGCCUUAAAAGAGCAACAUGCACCCUUGAAUGCGGAACUUGCACUGCAUAGGAAGGUGUGCACCUUGUUGGACAUAGACGUGGGAAAAUUGCUUUGGAACGCCGGAGAGAUGAACAACCCCAUGGAGACACCUGCCACUGCUCAGGCCACCACCAACUGCUUCAACUCUGACCACUUCGCAUCCCAAAUGGCCUAACUCAGCAAGACAUGUGUAGCAAGGGUAAACAUUUUGAACUACUAAACCCUUAUUUUAUAUUUUCGAGUUUGGAUUCCCUAAGGCCUCAAACUGUACUGAGAGGCAUGAAUAAUUGAAAGAUGGACACCUUCUUUGUGAGACAAUGUGGUAUUUUAUCGUAUGGGCUGCGCUCAGCCUAUUGGAUAUUCUCUUUAUUACGUAACCUUAUUUUAUAGUGUUUGUUUUAA